GGGAUUAGAAUACAGCCACGGUAACCCCUGCCUGUCGUAAGAGGCGACUAAAAGGGGGAUGUAAAGGAACGAGUAAGGCAGUAUGACUAAAAGUAAUGCAAAAACGUAAGAAAGAAAACGUAUCUGACGAAAUGAGAAAUGUAAUGCGAAGAAAAGAAUAAUGUAACUUGAAAAAGGCGCGUGGCUGAUAACUUUUCAGUGGGCAAAAAGGGACAGAUGUAAAGUCCCUAUAAAACGCCACCCUUGUAAAACCAAGGGAAAUCUAAUGAGUGAGUGAGUAUACGAAUCCAAAAAAACUGAACAUGCCAUAGUUUUCAAGGGGUCGUGAAUUUGUGCCUUGAAAACGAGCGCCAUCUGUUCUAUCCUAGUAUAAAAAUGUGAAACACUUCGCGCUGCAACAGUCUAACGCACGUUGACGGUAACAGCAGAUUGCUUCGAUAUCAACCCCAUCACUCAGUCAAUGUCUCGAUCUCAGAGUUACCAUAUUUCAGCAAUAAAGACAUGUCCAGUCUUGUAGGAUGUGUAGUCGCCUCAGACUUUGAAGGUGUUACAUGCCGGGACCGCCACCCCCAAUACGGACAGAGCGAAGAAGAGCAACAAGGUGAGUGUGGUCCAGCCCUCUCCUCAACACUAGGUAUGACGGUUUUAUAAUACCAAAACCGGUGGGGCAAUUAGGGCCGGUGGGACCAGGAAUAAGGACUUCGAACAUUCUUGUGUCCCGAAGAAAAACCGGUGUAGGGUGCGACACUCGGUAUCGGCCACAGGGUAGGUACCAAAUAGAGGUCCCAGUUUGGGCCGUCUCCAAGAUGGGCACCUGUGUGCCUGGGGUGGAGGGCUCCGGAGUAAUACUAUAAGAUCACGGAGCCCUUUUUUAGCGACAGUGCCGAUCAUCGUGGGGUUUUAGUCAAUUGGAAUCUGAAAAUACCCUGCUGCCAUCCUCCAGUGGCAGCUGGGCUCUUAUGCAAAAUUUCCUGAUCUUAUGCAUGGUCUAAAGUACAAAAGUUUCAUUUAGGACAACCGCACUUGCCCCUAGUGUCAAAUGACUGUGUCACGAUCAAGAAUUAUAGUCACCCUUAGUAGCUAAGGGUUGACUAAAUAGAGGAACCUAUGGUUUCCCUACGGUAUGUUCUACAUCAUCGACCGUAGCUAUUCUACGUGAAACGGACUUACGUAAAUGAAACUCUAGACGUCACUACCAUCGCCAACAUGGCCACGUGCUAGACGUGUUUACGCGAACUGCGUCAUCUUUUCGUACUUUCCUAGUCCAUAUUUCAAAGUGCCAGUUACAAGAUUACGGUGCCAAGUAUUAUCAUGGCAUGCGUAAACAGUUAUUGACAGUCAUUAACGUGCUCCUCGUGGGCAUGGCGGGUACAGAUGCGUCCGUUCCAAGAUGUACCUGCAACGUCAGGAAUUUGGCUACCUGUUCUGUUAUUAACCAGGAUUCACCCACCACUAGAAUCGUAAGAAGUUACAAACCACACGGUGGACUUGCCAGAGUGCUUUACGAAAAGCAAAAAGCAGACGAACAGCUCGAAGCGUAUGACAGAACGCAGUGGUACAAAAUCGAUACAACAAAAAUACGAGAGGAUUUACUUCAUUUAUGGAUUCCCCUAGGAGCAGGACCUCAACACGAUCAGCCUGACCAAACCGCCGAGGUCUUUUUAACGAAAUCCAUUGAGAGAUCGGACUCUUUACCACUGCAAGCGUGGCAUUCUUUGGCGAGAUCGGCUUUGUCCUGGUUCAUCAGCCGCACCUCCAUAAAUGGGUUACUCGGCCGUGGUUCUAUGCACGUCUUUUCUUGUGAACAGUUUAAAAAGCUGAUGGAUGCUAGCGGCUUUUCAGGACCAUGGCACUCAUUGGUGGACUUAGGAGCGGGUGAUGGUGCUACCACUGCUCAUGUGGCUCAUCUCUUUGAAAAAGUUUAUGCAACCGACAUAUCAGCACCGAUGAGAUGGACUUUAGCAAAAAGGAAAUUUACAGUGCUAGACGUAGAAAAAUGGUACGAAAAUGGACCAUUCAACGUUAUCCUUUGCUUGAAUUUAUUAGACCGAUGCGACCGACCUAAUACUCUUCUAAGACGUCUGAAGUCAUCCUUAGCCUCUGGUGGUCGUUUGAUCGUGGCACUGGUUCUUCCGUUCAGCCCUUACGUAGAGGUCGGCGAAAGGGGUGAUCACAAACCAUCCGAAUAUCUGCCGAUAAAAGGGAACGGACUAGAAGGUCAAAUCGCCAGUCUAGUCGACAGAGUUUUCGCCCCGUUAAAUUUAAGAUGUCUUGCAUGGAGUAAAUUGCCUUAUCUUUGCGAAGGUGAUCUUGGCCAGUCGUAUUACUUUCUCGAUGAUGUGAUUUUCGUUUUAGAAGCACAAUCGACUAGUAAAGAAUCCUGUGAAUUUUCAGUGGAAAACAAUUCUGCAUCCUCGUACGUUAGAAAUAUUUAGGGUUACUCACGUUUCUACGUAUGCAUGUAAUGAUAUGUAUGUAUGUAUGUAAUUCACAAAUGAACAACAACGAUGUAUAUUUUACGACAAUCUUAUUCUAGAAGUCAGAAAAUGCAGAAAUUCAUACAUGACUUCACAGUUGAAUAUUCGCAUUCUACGAAUCUACUUUUUAACAAAAAGAUUCUAUUUGUUGAUGAAGGUAUAGCUUUCGGUAUGAGGUGAUAAUUUGGACCAGUUUCUGAAAAGGUAUACUCAAAACAGAUUCCAAUGAUUAAUGAUAAGUUAAUAUUUGGUCUAUUGUCGCCAUAAUCCCCCUUCUUUUUACUACGCAUACGAGAACCACGCACACUCGAAUGCAAUAAUAAUUAUUUCCUAUUUGUCUAAGGCUAAUAAGAGUAAAUGGAACUCAGAAAAAUUCCAAGGUGAGUUUUGAAAAAGCCUAAGGAGAAUAUCCAAGAUCAGAAGCGGCCAAAAUUUGGAAUUUGAAAAUUCUGAAACUCGGCCUAUAUCUUGUAGUGUUAUGUCGUAUACUCUGAUGUCUGAAACCCAACGUUUCUUUUUAAUACAAUUGAACCCACUUGAGUAUAUUUACCCUUAUUAGAAGCCGAGAUUUUAAAGAAAUUUUAAAAUUGCUCAAACGUGGGAGAAGACGAAAUGUAAUCCUUGAAGGGAAGAUAAAGAUCUAAAAUACCCUGCCAGGACCGCACAAAUAUUUUGUAAAGUGUCAAUGUGCUUCGUGCAACACGGAGUAGUUGCAAGCACAGUUCAGUUUAUAACAGACAAUCGUUAAAUAUUAUUUUAGUUUAAUAUAUAUCAAUUAAUGAGAUACAGGAUUCAAGUUUCACUAGUAAUUGCGAUUGUAUAAGUUCAACAAGAACUUCUACCUUUUAAUUUCACCAUUGUGUAAUUAUAACUGUUCGAUUAACAAUAUUCGUUAAAUGUAUCGGCUGAAAAGACAGCUCAUAUAUUAAUUGAUAUAUUUUCUAACAAAGAUUAAAACUGGAUCAAAACUAUGAAGCAAGAUGUAAAAUUAAGGUAAAUAAGAAAGCAUUUUAACUUUUUAUUUUUAUUAUUUACUAUUUGUGUACAUAUACAAUUAUAUAUAUAAUACUGUGUAUUAAAUCCAAUUCUUUAUCUUCAUGCAAACUUAAAAAAAAAUAUGAAAUACACCUUUUGCUUUCA